UUCCAACCAAGCAGAACGCGUGCUGGACGAGGAAUACAACGUGCUUAGAUACCGUCGCUAUGGUAAUUGCCUUGUGCGUAACUUCGCCAAGAUGAUGGAUCGGCGAGACCCGCGCGUGCUUUUCAGCACGAGGAACCUGGAUUACACCUCGUUGCUGGACAAAAGUAUGUCAGAACCGGAUAUGACGACUCUGAUUCGUGACGUAAUACACGAAGAAGAUGAGUUUUUCGAGAAGUUCGAUCCAGCGUACACCAGCACCCGCCCGGCGACCUUCAAAACUGGCUGCAGAAGUCGGACGACCUUACACCCAACAAGACCAACCACGUAUAAAAGCGCUUUUACGAGACCAACCACGUAUAAAGGCGCUCUAACGAGGCCAACCACGUAUAAAAGCGCCGCCAGUACCAAUACAUAUAAAACACUACAGUUUGACCGUCGAAGCGUGACGCCCAACACCCUGGAGAACCGUAUUCGAGAGUUUCACUACAAGUAUGGAGGGACGGAUGAGGAGCUGGAUCGACUUCCUGUCAUGAAGAACCAUAGAGACCUCUGGAUCAACCCAGACGAGCCGCCGGUUCCCGGCGGGAAAGUGUUCGUCACCGUAGUUCCGUGCGUCUAGUGCAAUAAGAACGUGCUGCUCAAGAACCACAGACACAUCCGAUGUCAGAUGUUGCACUCUCUAUCCAUGGACCGAGUGAAGAAUUAUAAACCCAUGCAGUAUUUUAACACCACUAUAAACAUUCGUUAAGGCAAUCGAAAUUCAAGCAAAGACUCUCGUAAGACGUCAUUACAACGCCAAAAGGACUUAAAUUCAUAGUACAAAAUAAG